UUUUUAAAGCACUGAGCGAUUCCACAAGGAGGGCUAAAGUGUUCUGAAGAGGCUCCCUUUCAGCCUUUAGAAUUGGCCACAGCGACCCGCCGAGAAAACAUGAAGGCCCUGGAAGUAUUUAAUCCAGGAGAUGUGCCGUGAGGCUGUCACACGGUUCAGACUCAGACUCAGGCGGGCAGCUCCGGUCUCCUCCUGACAGUUUACACUCCUCUACCUGUGUCCACCUGCCCAGUAGAAUAUGGAGGACAUCCUUUUUGACUUCGACCAGGAUGGCACUACAGAUUUCGCGUUUUGGGGACAGAUGGACCAAAACUUCCAGCUCCAGACCCAGCUGGACACCUUCCUGCUGGACUACACAGCGGCCACGGGCCAGCUCUCUCCCUGGUCCUCUUUCGGCAGUCAGUCCAUGUUCCCGGACGCACAGCUGACCUUCACCGACCUCGACGUGCAGUCUCCGGGGGCGGGUAACUGCGGUGAGGGGGAAACCUCGUCCGUGGAUGAACCGCUGGAUGAGAACAAGCGCAGGGCGCGCCGGCUGGUGACCCACCACCCGUACAAGGUGCAGCGGCACGCUGCUAACAUCCGGGAGAGGAAGAGGAUGCUGAGCAUCAACUCUGCCUUCGAGGAGCUGCGCUGUCACGUACCGACGUUUCCCUACGAGAAGCGGCUGUCGAAGAUCGACACGCUGCGGCUGGCCAUCGCGUACAUCGCCCUGCUGAGAGAGAUCCUCAUGUCGGGCUGCGACCCCAAAUCAUAUGUGGACGAGUGCAUGAAGAACGGCUACAAGAACCAAACCAACGCGAUCUGGAACACAAGUGAUCUGACAGCCCGCCUGUCGUGGAUAAAGUGGGAUUAACCGAGGAACACGGGGCACCCUGAGUGUGGAGGUUCAGGUUUGUUCCUCCCUCUUCUCUCCACAUGUCAAAGACAGGCUGCCGGCCCGGCGUGACUCCCCCGACCGACCGACAUCUGCAGACUUCUCAGCGGGUCACGCACCUCGGGCUUUCUCAACCCCAUCCACUCGGUCCCCCUCGGUGGCUUUGAAUAUUCUAAUUUAUUGUUGACUGGUAAUUGAGAGCCAUUGUUUCUGGGGCUGGGGAGGAGAGAGGGCUUGUUGGCCCAGAUAGAUGGCACUUGUCCCGGAGAGACGUGAGCGGGGGCACACUGGCAUGACACUGAAUGGACUCCCUAUAAGGGCUCAUACUUCUGCAUGCAGCGCUGAAGUGUUUUCUCGACUCGCGCUCAUUAGCCUGCGAGUCGAUGUGUUAAAAAGGGCCUUGGUCAUGUAAAUGAGACAAUGGCCAUGAGAAGCAGAUCAGCGCAAUGUGUUUUAGCAUGUCAGGUGCUGUUUCCAGACUGUAAUAAUCAUCUGUUGUGUUAUUUAUUCACCUGUUUAUUUAUUUGCUUUUUAUUUAUUUAUUGCGUAUUUAUGACAAAAUACAUCUUGGACAUGUAUUUAUACAAGCUGUGAUUAUUUAUCGUGCCGGAGCUCAA